AUGUCACCGCACGCCGUGAUCUCGGGUGCCGCUCGGGACGGAAAGCCGGCCAUCGACCUGAGCAAAUUCGCCGUCACACACAACGCCUUCCUGCCGGCAUCCAGCCCGCCCACGUCACUUUCGGAUUCGUACUAUGAGCCCUGGGAACUUAUUGCGCAACAUCUGCCAACACUGAUUGAGAGCAACCGCAUCCGAGACGCUGUUCGCGACCUUGCCGUCCUAUCGACAGAUGGCCUCGUAUCCGAGGAGGAGUGGAGGAGAGCCUAUGUCAUCCUGGCCUUUAUAGCCAACGCAUACAUUUGGGGCGGUGAAAAGCCCGAGCAGGUGAGCGACCAGACUCUGGUGCUGCACGACUCACUCGAUGCACACUCUGUUAACCUGGACGCACCUCAGAUCCUACCACCACAAAUCACAGCACCCCUCCUGAGGGUAUCCAGCCACCUCGAGGUACCCCCAGCGUUGACGUACGCGGGGGCCAACCUCUGGAACUUCUCCUGCUCGGGAAGUGACUUUGCAGACCUCGACAGUCUCACUCUCCCGAUAUCGUUUACCGGCACCGAAUCAGAAGCCUGGUUCCUGCUCAUAAGCGUCGCCAUGGAAGCCAAGGCGGCGGGCAUUCUGCAGACCAUGAUGGCGGCCCUGGACGCCGUCAAGACGCGAGACUACCACGUCAUCACCUCGGCGCUCGGCGAGCUCCGCGGGUGCAUCGAGGGCGUCGGCGCGCUCCUGGAACGAAUGCACGAAAAGUGCGACCCCCUCGUCUUCUACCACAAAAUCAGACCCCUCCUGGCGGGAAGCAUGAACAUGGAAGCCUCGGGCCUCCCCAAGGGCGUCUUCUACGACCAAGGGAGCGGCAAGGGCCAGUGGCGGCAGUACCGCGGCGGCAGCAACGGGCAGAGCUCCCUGAUCCAGUUCUUCGACGUCGUGCUGGGCGUCGAGCACCACACGCACGGCAAGCCGGGGCAGCCGAGCUACCACGCAGAAGUCAGGGAGUACAUGCCCGGGCCGCACCGGCGCUUCCUCGUGCACGCGGCCAGGAUGGGGAGCAUCCGGGGGCUGGCCCUCGCCGAGCCGACGACGGACGAGCAGCGCAGGCUGCGGGACGCCUACGCCGCCGCCACGCAAGCCCUGAGCGAGUUCCGAAACAAGCACAUCAGGAUCGUGACGCGGUACAUCGUCUUGCCGUCCAGACAGCCGUGGACCGGGGGCCCGCGGACCAACCUGGCGAGUUCGUCGUCGUCGCGGAAGAGCGAGCUGGGUCUCGUGGGUACCGGGGGCACGGAGCUGAUUCCCUUUUUGAGGACGUCGAGGGAUGAGACGUGUGAGGCGGCAAGGCUGAACAAGGAGUAG